AGCGAAGAACCCUUCUCGUCUCUUUUUUUUUCUUUGCGACAGCUUUGCUUCGGUUUCUCUCCGCCGUCUCAUUUUUUUUUUUCUUCUCUGUACACAAUGCAGACGUGGUACCGCCCGCACCCCUAUGGCAUCUACCCGCGCGGGAAUGCCGUGAAGCGCAGCGACAUCUUCGACCGUCUGGGCACGCUGUCGAUGUUUACCACCGCCACCUCUGAAGACGAUCGCGAGGACACGGAGCAGCCUUACCUGGAGCUCGUCCAGUACCUGUUGAGCUUUCUGGAGGUGCCGGACCUGUGCCGGCUGUCGCGCAGCUGCACGGGCUGGUACGUGCUGGUGCACUGCACGGAUGCCUUCAAGACGGCCUACACCAUCUUGUCGCCGAGCUACAUGCGUUUCCGCGGUAGCUGGAAAGAGACGGCGGUGCGCGGCUACGUGGCCCAACGUGGGUGCCAGUCAAAGAGUGUGAAGGCACUGCAGGGCAGCAACGGCAGCACGCCCUCUUCCUCUCCGCCCCCCAAGAAGCCAAAAGGGGAGAUUAAAAGCACUAAUGCGCAGGCGGCCAUGUCAAGCAAGGCAGCGGCGGAGCUGAGGUUCGAGCACAGGCCUGUCUGUGUGCAGCGCCGCUUCUUUUGCGAUCAGCUCUUCCAAGCGUGGAUGUGCACCAUCCUGCCCCCCUAUUACCAUCUCCACCCCGUCGCAGGAGCGGCGCUGUCGGCGGCCGGCGGUGACCGCGACUGUGCGGGACAGGCAAAGAGUCGGAAGACAAAGCGAGACGCUGCCUUCCCCGCCAGCAACGAUGGCUCAACUUCGCCGGGCCACAGUCCGCAGUACACGUCCGACUUCCUCCCUGUGGAGCGCUGCAGCCGCCUCUCCGUGAAGGAGUUCAACGAUCGCUUUGAGCUGCCGAACAUCCCGGUCGUCAUCACCGACGUGGCGACGGAGUGGCCCUUAUUUAAAAUCCUUAACGGCCGCUUCACUAACUUGUCGGACAAGAAGAGGGAACUCGUGCGAGCCGGGUGCCCGCUGACGGCGCCGCUGCGCUGCGAGUACACGAACAUGGACCUCGAGGACUACGUCCACUACGCCACAGAACAGAACGACGAGCGGCCCAUCUACAUGUUUGACGCGGAGUUCGGGAACGUGCUCGACGUGGAGAAGCUCUACACCGUGCCGGAGUACUUUGCGCGCGACGACUUCUUCUCCACCAUGGGCGCGCGCCGUCCAAAGCAUCGCUGGAUCAUCGCCGGGCCCCACCGCGGCGGGAGCAGCUUCCAUGUUGACCCCAACUACACAAACGCAUGGAAUGCGAAUAUGACCGGCCGCAAGCGCUGGCUGCUGUUUCCACCGGGUGCGAACCCGCCGGGCUGUGUGCCGAGCACAGACAUGGCGGAGGUAGCGACACCCGUCUCGCUGACGGAGUGGCUCCUGAACAACUACGACGCGAGUCUGCAGACGUUGCGACACUGCGGCUACGAGUGCAUCUGCGAGCCUGGCGACAUCAUGUUCGUGCCGUGCGGGUGGUGGCACUCCGUCAUUAACCUCGAGGACUCCGUGGCGAUAACGCAGAACUACGUGUCGCGCAGCAACCUGCCGAAGGUGGUGAAGUUUUUGCGUGCCAUGAAAGGCUCCAUCAGCGGCAUUGACGAGGACGCGGAUACUGCUACCGCCGAGUCUACCGCAGCACGGCAGUGUGGAUUUGCGAAGGAGUUCGAGACGGCGAUGCGGAAGGCGCACCCGACGCUGAUGAACGAGGUGGAGCAGCAGCUGGAGAGAGAGCAUCAGGAGCGGGAGAAGCGCCGACUGGGUCACCUGACACUGCUGGACCCGUCAUCGGAGGGCUUCACCUUCGACUUCUAG